AUGGAUGAUAAGCGCGUCUCUUCGACGGAAAUAGCGUCUGUCGUUUUGAACGAUGCGUUUCAAGAUUCGAAGUCUUCAAAUUGUAAAGUUCACAAAUGUCACUUAGAAAAACGCGACGAUACGCGGAAUGAAGGAAGUAUACAAGACGUGAUUGAUCGCGAAAGUAUACCUAUGAUUUAUAUUGAGACAUCGGACGAGGACGAUGUAUCCGAGAGAUUCUCAGGCGAUGUCGAACGAACGGAGACUCAACUUCCACUCAUGACAGAUCUAGAAUCAUCCAUCGGCUGUGGAAGAGAAUUCGCGUCUCUCCUUCACGAGCGCACUCAGAAGCUCUGGACGGAGAUGACGAGUCUUCGGGAAAAACUGAACAAAGAAACAGCUCUUUGGAAAAAGAAGAAAGAGGAAUUUCAAUUUUUACGCGAAAGGAGCGAUGCUAUUGCGUUUGAAGAGGCAACUGCCGCCGCACGAGCCGCAGCUGCGGCUUAUGCCGUUGAAUCGCCGCUCUCAAGCGAUUUAGGUAACAUCGUUGAUCUUACGUUAGAACCGAGCAUCAGAGAACUAAUGAUAUUGGAAUACGAGAAAAAUCUUGCCAAGUACCACGAUCGACACUCCCUUGAGCAAGCUGAGCAACGUUACAACUCGUACAAACGAGUGCUUGUCGACGCCUACAAGCAGAAGCUGUCGGAGGUCGAGCGUCUCUGCGACGAGGAAUUGGAGAACAUACAGCAAAAUGCGAGCUGUUUGCAGCCGUUCAAGGAGAUUGCGUCGCAAUGGUCCAUCGACGAGAACGAUCACGGUGAUUCGCAUCACGGCUGCGACAAUCAAUCCGAACCCACGGAGCCAUCAAAAAUCGAGAGCAGUCCAAGCAACGACUGGUGCAUAUAUGGGAAGCUCGACAACGAGGUCAACAUGACUCCGGAAAUUCUGUCUGUCCGUUUCAAACGGGACGAAACAACAUAAGAGCCGUGCUCUCUACUUUUAUUGAUGAUUAUUAUUGUUAAUAUUAUUUUAUAAUCAUUACACUUCACAAAUUUACUUUAUAUUCUUUAUAAGAGAAUAAAUUAAAUUUCUUCUUUUUUUGUCUGUAGCCGCAAACACCGGCGACAUUAUAAAUAGCAUGGCAAUUUGUUCUGGCAGCAAUUGAAGGCAAUUAAACUCAAUUUUUAUGUACUCAUAUAUUUGAGACACGUACGCUAUAUGUACAUAUAAAAAUAGCGUGCAAAUAAU